AUGUUGAUUUUUUUUUUCUUUGUUGUAGUAAUUACUGAUGAACUAUUAUUUUCACCAACAGAAUUAUUAUAUCUGGAUCAAAAAUCUCUUGAAAAAUUUGAACAAUUAAAUCGAACGAAUCCAUAUUUAUUUUCAUCGCGUCAUUCACCAAAAUCCUAUCCACUUGAAUUAAUUUAUAUGUUAUUAUAUGAAUAUAAUGGUGAUCUAUCACGUACAUUAGCUGCUUUACUUGAAAGUAUAGUUAAUGAUAUAAAACAAUGUCGACCAUUACAUAGUUAUCAUUUUCUUGAUUGUGAUAAAUGGACAAAAGAAAUUGAUGCUUUUACAAAACCUUUACAAACAUCAGAAAAAAAUUUUGAACUUAUUAGUCAAGCAAUGUGUUAUUUAAUUUAA